CACUCAUACUGGAGCUGGCAGUGGGAGAGACGGAGAGAGAGGAGAGGCUGCCCGCUGCGCUGCAGAGCUCAGCUCACUCCCAACACGCCUGCAAGCAGACACUCCCAACAAAGCUCAGGGCCACGUCUGCGUUGGUGAAACAGAUUGCCGUACUGAGGAGAUUUGGGGAGAGGAAGCUGGGAGCUCUGGGAUCAGAGUCAAUGACCUGCCGGAAGACAGAAACAGCACUGAGGCUUGAUUAAAAUGGGGCUGCAGAUGUUUGCACCUGCUGCCGGGGUGUCUGAGGACUUCCUACUCUGCCCACGGCCAUGCCCGAUGUGAAGCCUCCCCCACCAUGUGACUACCCUUCCACUUCCUCUGCCGCACUCUCUGCCGGCUCUCCUGCCGGCUGCAACUCCCCACGGGACCUUGUCAUUGACAUGGAGCCCUGGAUUUCCAACUUCCCCCUGUCCCCGGAGCCCUUGGCCUCCUUCCCACCUCAUGGACCCACCGGCCCUCACUACCCGGGCCUUCACGGACCUCCGUACUCACUCAUGGGGAGGUGCAACAGCAGCACUCUGCUCACCAAUUUGGGGCUUAGGUAUUGUUCCAACAAGCCGGGCUCCCUGGGGAUGGAUCCUGGGCAGGGGCUGGCCCCCGGCUCCUACAUCCACAGUGGAGGCCACGCCACCAGGCCCUACAGAAGUAUGGAAAACUUGAACUGGAACACUGUGACGGGUUCUGGCCUUUGCACACUAAAUGCCGCUGCCUGCAGGAGUGUGGACAGUGAAUUUAUUCUACGCUACACCUCCUCCAGCCACUGGUACGAUGGACCUCCUGACACAUCCAUGUUGGGCGCUCACGGGCUGGUCCCAAACCCAGAGAGCUUAGCAUUUUACCCUCGUCAUGGGCUGCCCAGAAAGGACCUGCCACCUUUUCCACAACUGCUCUUUCCUAGUGGUGUUGACGAGUGGGAUGCGAGAAAGGGCCUUAGGGAGAAGCUCCGUCUCCAGAGUGCAAGAGCAGCUGUUGAAACUGCAAGGUCCCUCCCACUGCGGCCCCAGGUCACCCCAAACACCCCACCGGUGGAAUGGGAAAGUGUGCAUCGAGGGAAUUCAACAGUUGUUGGCUGCAGGCCACUGUGUACGAUGCGCACAUCUCCAGAGGAGAUCAAGCAGGAGGUCUUGAGACGUUUGCAGCUCAGGCGGCAGAACAGUAGCCCCAAUUUGGCUGUCAGCAGCUCUCCCUCCAGCCCAAAAGUUAUUAAGACUUCCUACACAACAGACAGCAUUGCAGGUAAAAGGAGUGUGACAGAGUCUGCAUUGGAGCGUCCUCGGCCUCCCGUGGGACGUCUGCAUAUUCCCACAUUCGAGGAGUUUAAAAGGAUGAGACAGAGGGAGGCAAACCACGGUGUGGAGUCCACAGCAGGUUGUGUGGGAUCUGUAAACCUGUCCAAAAGAUCUGAUCAAACAGGCCAUCAGUCAGGCUCCAGCGGAGAACAGAGAGGGGGCCACCAGGAGUCUGGCGGUGUCACAAGUACCACUGGGAGGAUGAGCAGCAGUGACGAAGGCCUGCGGAGCAUCACCUCCUCAGAGACACUUGCUUUCAACACUGUGACCAACGGCUCCACCGCAUCUCCCACUUCCCCCGCUCAUCACGUCACCAGCACUUACUCUCCCAUCCGAACGGGCCCGUCUCCACGCUCCCCCCUGCAGCCGCAGGCCAACUCAGCACGGGACAGAGUCACGGUCGCAGGAGUAGACGACGGGGGCAGCAGGCGCCGGAGGAGCAGCCUGGAACCAGCCGGGUCGGUUCCCUUCCCACCCGGCAGGCAGAAGUGGGAACGUCCCUCCAGCUGCUGCUCAGCUCUUCUUCUGGAGGGGACCGACCUGUCCAGCUACGGAGCCAAGAUCUACCAGAUGAAGGAUGGCCUCAUCGGGUCUGCAUUGGACCUCAUCAAGAAGAGCUGCAGCACAGAGAUCUCCGCCGAGGCCCCCGUCAGGCUGUCAGGUGACCGGGAUGGAAGCUGUGACAUCACCACCCCCUCAGCCGACUGUCAGCCCUCCGCCGUUGCCAUGGCAACGUCGGCAACGGCCUGCAGAGCCGAGGCUGACGACGAGGUGCCUGCAGGAGAAGGAGGAGAAGGAGCAGAAGAAUGCCAGCAGGGCGGCCUGGGCUGCCGGCGCUCCAGCUCGGAUGCAGCCUAUGAGCUGGCGGAGACGGUGAGAGCGCAGCGCGAGUGCCGCCUGCGGCCCCACUACAGCGACCCCAUGCCGGCCGAUGCCUCCAAACGCAAACAGCUGGAAAUGAAGAUCGCUGCGGCCGCCAGACUCCACAGCCACCGCCGGGACCGAGACAGGGACAGAGACAGCGCCCCAGCAGCGAUCCGCGGCUGCUCCGAGCCCCCGUGCGAGGAGCGGCAGGCGAUCCUGGGCGUGAGCCGGUCGGGCCAGCACCGCUGGAGCACCAUCAGCAGCCUGAGCGCUGACAGCGGCGUGGUGGGGCUCAGCGAUGAGCGGGAGGAGGAGGACAGCGAGCCCCGGCGGCACCGGCGGGCCCGGGGGGCCGAGGUGGAGCGGGUGGACAGCGGCAUCGGGCCGGGCCUGUCCCGCACCUGGAAGAGGCCGUCGGCCUCCCUGCGGGCCUGGGAGGCCCAGCGGCCGUGCCCGGACUGCGGCCUGAGGGACGGGGCCUCCAAGGAGCGGGGCGAGCGCAUGUGCGAGCGCUGCUCCAAGCUGAGGACGGAGCGCAAGGAGGCCAUCCUGGAGUUCCUGAACACGGAGUCCAGCUACGGGGAGGACCUGCGCAUCAUCAAGGAGGAGUUCUACUCCCCCAUGCAGAGCGCCGCGCUGCUCACGGCCGAGCAGCUGGCCGUGGUGUUCAGUAACGUGCAGGAGCUGAUCGACGUCAACGAGCGCUUCACGGAGCACCUGCAGGACAGCAUCGACCAGGCCUUCGACCAGGGGGAUGAUGAUCUGCUGACGGUGUACAUUGGAGAAAUCUUCCUGGAGUUUGUGAACAUGCUGCCGGCCUUCCAGACGUACUGCCUGCAGCAGUCCACGUCGGUCAACAUGCUCAACACGCUGGAGAAGGAGAAGGAGCUGCUCAGAAUAUUCCUGGACGUUUCCCAGAACGACAACACGGCGCUGCGCCGCAUGAACCUGCGCUCCUUCCUCAUGGCUCCUCUCCAGCGCGUCACCAAGUACCCGCUGCUGCUGAGCCGCAUCAUCAAAGUGACGCCCGAGUGUCACCCGGACCACCCACGGCUCCGCGAGGCCAAGAGCCGCGUGGAGUCCCACCUGGAGCACAUCAACAUGAAGACCAAGCAGGAGGGCAACGGCGUCACCUGGUCCCUGCGCUCCUUCCGCCGGGACAGCCGCAAGAACCGCGAGGUCAUCAACAUCGAGAUGCGGGAGGUGUCCAUGAAGACGAUGGGCUGGGCCCGGGAGAACACGCGCUUCGUCAUGGAGGGCCCGCUGCAGCUGUCCCAGCCGGCCGACGGCCAGUGGGUGAAGAAGGGGAGCAAGGCCCUCAAGUUCCAGAACGUGCAGAGCCUGCUGAUGGUGCGGACCCAGCGGGCCGGCGAGGCCCCGGGGCCGGGCACAGACCCGGGCUCGGGGGUUAGGGGGGACCAGGAGGGCGUCGGGGACUCCAUCCGAGACGGGGUUCUGGUUCUGAUCAAGGACAAGAGCAGCGGGAAGUUUGCGGUGCUGCGGGAGCCCAUCCGCCUGGGGAACUGCGUGGUCUCCACCGACCCCGACUGCGACGACACCUUCGAGGUGCUCGACAUCCGCCGCGAGUCCUUCGUUUUCCGCGCCUCGGACAAAUUCCGCACCCAGCAGUGGUUCCACCAGAUCAAGAGGUACACGCGCGACCUGGGCGGCUGGAGGAAGAGACGCAACGCCCUGCCCAACAUCAUGAUCAACACCAACCAGCUCCGCUCCUGAGGGCCGGCCCGCCUCUAACACUGUAAAUACAAGCUGUCCUGAAACUUCUGAGUAGCACCAACGUUCUGACGUGUUAGAUUCCAGUCAAACAAAAACUAUCCCACCGUCCGGUGGGGAAAGAUGAAGCACUUUUUUUCUUACAAAGCUCUAAGUGCGCCAUGCCGUCAUAAAUAAUGUACGUAGACUUAAAUAUUACGCAGUUAAGAUGGAAAGAUAAUAGAUUUUUUUUGGAUGACCAAAAAACUUGGGCUGUGCUGGCCAGUCUUGAUUGUAAAGACUGUUUGCUCCGGGAGAAGCAGAGUUUUCAGUUCUUAACGUGUGUCUGGUGAAGAAGAAGCAUGACUGAACAUGACUGACUGCUAAGAGAGGAAUUGUAAUGUCACUUUUUAUACAAAAGCUGUGGGGAUUCAAAUCAUGUUUGUGGUACGGAGCAGGCGUGGUCUCCAGGGGUCUGGAAUGGUGCUUUUCCACUAGUUCCUACUCAGCUCUACUCAUCUCAACUCAGCCUGGUUUCUUUUCCAUAACAAUCCAGCACCUGGAUCAGAAGUAGGAGGUUGGAGAAGCUGCUGUGACGUAUUUGAUUGUGUAUCUAAAUGAAGAAGACAACAACACUAAAGAUGUAGAACCUGGAGGAGAUGAUAGAUGUGCUGCUGGGUCUGUGGCUUGUGUUUGAUACCAAGUUAAAAAAAAUGAGAGAGAGAGAAACUUCAAGCUGCAACAUUUUUUAAUUUUUGUUAUUUUGUCUCUGCGCUGCUGAAAAGUCAGCUGGAGCCGUGAGCAGCUAUGAAGAGACAGAGCUCCUGGUAGAUCUGGUCGUUCCUUAUCUCCGUCUAGAUCCCUUUUUAAUUCUCUCCUCAGCACCAGGUUUAUGAACAUCUGACCCUCAGAGUGGAUCAUGAAACUACGGAAGAGUAUUAGGGCCAGGCAGGAGAAAAAUAAAAAUAAUAUUUUAGAGGAGGAAGAUUUUUUUUUUUUUCAUUAUGCACUUCGAGAAAAAAGUCGAAAUGUCGAGAAAAAAGUCGAAAUGUUGAGAUUAAUGUUGAAGUACAAUUUCAAGAAAAAAGUCAGAAUUUCGUGAAUAAAGUUGAAAUGUUGAGAAAAAAGGUGAAAUUUCGACUUUAUUCACAAAAUUUUGGCUUUUUUCUCAAAAUUGUAUUUCAACAUUAAUUUCGACUUUUUUCUCAACAUUUCAACUUUUUUCUCGAAGUGCACAAUAAAAAAAAAUCUUCCCCUCUCAAAUAUUUUUUCUCCUGCAUGGACCUAAUAUUCUUCUGUACGGAACAGACUUUUGCUGCCGUUGCUGGUUGAAUAAAAUGAACAAGAAUCCGUCAGAGUCUCUUUCUCUGAUUUCCUCCUCCUGACUCAGAUGUCUGACUCCAACCCCCCGACCAAUCGGUGGCCUGUAGUGUGAUGAUGUCAGAUACAGCCAACUCAGCAGCUUAGAACCUCAGAAUAGUUACAGAAAAGUAUCUACUCUGCACGUUAGACCCCUAUUGGAGAAGAACCAAACUGAGGAGAGGUGAGUCGAGCUGAGUAGGUUCUAGUGGAAAAGCUCCAUCACCGCCACUUCCCUCUCCUGUCGGCGUGUUGGGGAGGCAGAGCGACCAACAGAACCUCCCACAGGCUCCAACAGACUUCCAGUGUCACUGUGUUUAUGAGAAACCAAGGAACAGCAAUAACCUCGACCGGUUUCAGUAGCUACUUUAUAUGCAUUUCAUUUCCUGAGAUUUCCUUUUGGCGUUCAGGUGUCGACCCUGUUCCACCGUGUUACCGACUACCGUGACCAGUUUGUUGGAGUCUAUAAUCCGUUUAUGUGGGUCUGCAUGAUUAAAGCUUCCUUCCAUUACAACGACAUCGACUGAGAUGCUCUUGGUGCCAUGAAAGCAACUGUGAAGAGUGUAGUCCAAUCUGCUUUUUGUUACCUCCAUGUCAAACAGAUGAGGUCCAACACUAGUCUGCCUCUGUGUGCGUGUUUGGGAGACUUUCAGCCUUUUAUUCAGAAGGUGAAGCUGCACAGAACUAAGCUGGCUGAUGCACAAGUGCACUAAUGUUUGCUCAAUCUAUCGACUUGGCAAAAAAAAAAAAAAAUCAUUUUGUCCAUCAAAUUAUUUUGUGUUAUUUUUUUAGCACUUGUUUGUUCUAAAAAAAAGUGUGAAAAAAUGUCCAUUUCAAAACUCCAAAACCUACAGACGAGUAUUAGGGCCAUGCAGGGGAAAAAAUAUUUGAGAGGGGAAGAUUUUUUUUAAUAUGCACUUUGAGAAAAAAGUCAAAAUGUUGAAAAAAAAGUAGAAAAAAACUUUACCAAUCAACAUUCAGAAAAGAUUUGAAAAAAGAGAACGCAAGUAUAACUUAAAAGGAACAGAGAUUUAAAAAAAAACCGAGAUUCAGGACUAAAUUGAUGGAACGUUGUGUUUCUGUGAAAGGAAUCAGUUUAUGGAACAAUCUGAAUAAAGAAAACAAAGAAUCCAAAUCAAACAUUACAUUCAAAAGAACAAUUAAAGCCUAUAUGUUAAGUAAAUAUAAUGAAAUAUGUUAGUUAAGUUUGAUUGACAUACCCAUAGACGGCGGUUAUUUUAUUUUAGUUUUUUUAUUUACUUAGUUUUUUUUUUUUAAUUUUUAAUUUAUUUGUGAAUUUAUUUCUUGGAAAA